GGGGGCAGCACGUUGGGAUGCGCGCUACUUAAGGUCCUGCUGCGUGAGCCAUUGACGUGUUUGGAGCUGGAGACGGCCUGGGCGCUGGCAGGGUGGCCGUCCGAGUAAGGAAAGUAUUAGGAUGCCCAUGGUAGCACGGAGGCUGAGAGAUCCUGACAUAAACCCUUGCUUGUCGGAAUCCGAUGCUUCUACCCGAUGUAUGGAUGAAAAUAACUACAACAGGGAACGGUGCUCCACUUACUUCUUGAAGUACAAAAACUGCCGGAAAUUCUGGAAUUCUGUCAUGGUCCAGAGAAGACAGAAUGGAGUGACACCAUCUAUGCCUACAGCAGCAGAAAGAGAUGAGAUCCUGGGGGCAAUGGGAAAGAUGCCUUACUGACUGUUUGCAUUAAAAUUGUUUAUUUAAUUUAGAAGCAGAUGAAUACUUUCAACAAAGAUUACCAUAAUCUUUUAGCCCCUUUUAGGCCUUACCCAGACAGAUCUUAAAUUCUACAAGGGCAGAUAGAGUUAAUUUAGCCUUGCGUCCUUUGUGUUUGCCCUCAGUGCCGUGAGAUAGUCUGCCAGUGCUGACUGUGCCAUGCCACUGAGUUCACAUGACUCGCCAAAGGUAAGGGAGCAUUAGGAAAGGUGAUGGGAGGAGUGGAGCUUUUCAGCUGGCUAACAAGCAAAGGUAACAAGUAAACACUUACUGGCAGUGAAAGGAAGGUGGUUUCCAAGGAUGGGAAAUGACACGAGCAACAGCAUGGUGGAAAGAAAGCUCAAGCUAGCUUUGGAGAGUGGUCUAUAGGCUGUUUCACCUAGAGUUUAAGGUGGUUGGUGGAGUGGCAGAACAGAGACUGGGAAGGUAAGUUCACGGUGGAUGAGCAGUGGGUCUCAGGCUCAGCAAAGGAAGACCUCCAUGCUCCUUUCACUCCCUUGUCUUUGUUUAAAUCAGAGUAGUACAUUAACUGGGCAGGGAAGAAGCGGUCUGGGAGGAUUGUCGAACAAAUGGCCUUUUUCUUUUUUCUUUUUCUUUUUUUUUCCUUGUUUAGGGAAAGGCUUUAGUUAAAAGGUUCUGUGACUAAAAUCCAUACAUACUGGAUUACCUGAAGGCCUAUACUCUUGAAGCACAGUAAUGGGAGAAAAAAAGAUUUUCUUAGAAGGGGGAUUUUUAUUCGCAGGAAGAGGUGGGCAAGGAAAAGUGAACACACUGGAAUGAGACUAGAGCUCCACUUCAUUUGUGCUGUAAACACACAAAUAUUCAGUAUGGUGAUUGGGUUAGGUUGUGUGGCAGCUCUCAUAUCUACCAUGUUUUUAAAUCCAGUUUAUUUCAUUUACAGGCCAGUUUUAGAACCUAUUAUUUAAUAAAAUUUAAUGCAUACUAAAAAAAUCAAUGAAAACAAAUAGCUUGUGUCCCUUCCCUUUAUCUGGUGCUGGAUCAAGAGUGUUAUUUUAAAGGCUGCUGACCACAAACUAUCCAUCUCAUUGGUAUAGUCCAAAACCCAGGUCAGAUGUUUUUAAGCCAUAUGACCCUGAUUGUUAAAUGUGAUUCUAUUUGAAUAAAAGUUGGAUUGUUUGAGAAA